AUGGCGGAGGAGAUCGAAAGGCUGAAAGCUAAGAUUAAAGAGCUUGAGAUCGCGCUGGAAAAUGAGCGUAAAAGAAAGGGACCCGUGAGGGAAAAAAUUCAGGAGAUGAGCUCUGAAGUCGUGGAUAGCAAUCCAUAUAGGUAAGUUGGUUAACGUUUUGCUAAACGGUUUUUCGAUCGUGUGAGAAUUAGUUUUCGAAGCCAAAUGAAACAUUUAAGGAGCAACCCACUGUGGUUAUUAGCUUUUAAUACUGCGCUAUUGUUCGUUUUAAAUGAAUUUUUAUAUUUAAAAUCAUAGUCCCCGGUGAUCAUGGUCCCACGAAAAAAUCGGAUCGAAAGAUCACGAAAAGCGGUGAUCACAAGUAGUUGCUGCCUUCCCCUUGUGAAAGACGUGUCUUGAAAGCGCGUUAACUUACUAAGUUGUCUGUCGAUUUUCCUGCAGUAGCAUGAAAACAAAUAAUAUUUAACGCCCAGUUGACCGUUGUUAGCUUUGUUCAACAAGGUUACAAAACAUUCAAACAUUUUAUGUAAACACCGAUAUGAAAUUUCUGUUACAUAUUUUCACGUUUGUACGAUCGGGUUUGAUUCUACCAGAACUCAAGGAAACUUGAACCCUGGUGGUUUCUCUAUAUCGUUUUGCUUCAUUGGACGUGUGUUUUGGUGGCAGGAUUCUUUAGAAAGUUACGCCGGUUGUGUUCAAAGAUUAAAUACAAAUGCUUGGGGUAUCAUUGAUAUUGAAAAUUGUAGCAUCUUUGCGUAAAUCAUGAUGCAAAGAAAGGUUCAUCGUUGUUGUCUCGUAUUUUCCUGUUUAAACCAUGGCCUUUAAUUAUCAUUGUUGCCACUGUCUAGUAAUUGAUCAAAGAAAAUUGCUCUCAGAGAAUUGUGAAAAAUCAACAAGUUUUAUUGUGACAUAGAAAAAUUUACAUUUUGGAGAAAAGUCAAGAAAAACUGAAGCUCUGGAAUUAUUUUGAAGCAUCACUCUUGUGUUUUGGGGAAGUUAAUUAAUAAAUUAAAAUUUUAUAUGCCACUGAACUUUAAGAUGUCAAUAUGUCAUUGAUACCUGAUCUUAUUCUUGUCCUUUGCAAAUUUGCCUGAGUGCUUUCUUGCAGCUGUAAUGUGAAAUAAAUUUCUCAACUGUAUAUAAAUAAAAUAUGCAUGGUAUCUCUGAAGUUGAGUGAAUGCGAAACCAAAUAGUGAUGUAUGUUAAUGUUUUUUUUUUUUUAACAGUCGUUUGAUGGCCUUGAAAAGAAUGGGAAUAGUGGAUAAUUAUGAGGUAAGUUUCAGUUGGAAACAGGCAGGUAUCAUCUUGAUAUCAAGAAUUCAUAGUUUAUCGUAUAAUUUUGUAAAAUUUAUUUGAGUGGCUGGUUUGGUACUCUUAGCCUUUUAACUUUCAUGAGUGACCAAGACUGAAUUUCUCCCUAUAAUAUCAAUACAAUAUCAAGCAAAUAGGUAAUGAGAGUAAAGAAAAAUAUCAAUGAGGGCAUGAUUAGUUGGUCCAUUACCAAAUUCUCUGAACAAACAGUGAUAAUGAUAUGGUAGAUAGUAAGGAGAAUAUUAAGCAAUAUCUUGGAAGUGAAAAUAUUAAGGACAAUUUUAUAUACUUUUAGUGAUGAGUAAUGUGUGCAGAAUUGCUGGUAACUUUAUAUUAAGUUUUUUUACUGCACUGCACUUUCUUACUGGCUGAAAAUUUUUCAGGCUUUUUUUUUUUACUUCUUCAAAAGUAGUGUUCUAUACUGCAAAGAUCACUCUCAUAUUUAUUUAUUUAUUUUCAGUUCAAAUAUAUGAUAUUCGUAAUAACAUACACACUGUACUCUGAUGAGUUUGUUAUCUUCUUAAUGCAAUAUCAGAUCACUGGUAUUAAAUGAUCAUGAAGUGAUUAACUUGCAUGGUAGUCUUGUUCCUUUCCUAACCACCAGCAAUGUUUAUAUUUUUUUCUUGUUGUGGACACUAGCUGAAUAAGCAUUUUCAUUUUCUUGUAUGUUAGAAAAUCCGUGACUUUACUGUGGUAAUCGUUGGUGUUGGUGGAGUUGGAAGUGUCACAGCUGAAAUGUUAACAAGAUGUGGAAUAGGAAAGGUAUGAACUGAAGCAAUUUGCAGUGCACUUUAUUUUUAGUAGACAUACCUUGAAUCUAAAGAUAAACGCCACGAUCUGAGUGAUCUUAUAUCACUCAACCAGUCAGAUUAUUAUGUCCCUUGGUUAACUCUUUAACUCCCAGAAGUGAUUAACAUGUAACUUCUCCUUAUAAUAUCCAAACAUUAUCCAGGAAACAGGUAGUGAGAAUACUCAAACUCAUCAGGUACAAGACAUAUAUCUUGAUCAAACACCAAAUUCUAGUAACCAAUUUACAAGGAAAUGUAUAGCAGCUAGAGGGGAGAAUUGACAAUCAGAUCUUGGGAGUUAAAGGGUUAAGGAUUUCUGUACAGCAAAUUCAAAAUUGUGAUUGGUAUCAUAAUGGUACAAGCUGUGCAUGUAAAGAAUUAUUUGAUUUAUAAAACUGUGUUUCUUGUCUGUAGCUUUUACUUUUUGAUUAUGACAAAGUGGAACUUGCAAACAUGAACAGGUAAAAAAUUGACUAAUUGAAGUUAGUUUGUAGAAUCUUCCCUUGAAGUGUGCAUCAUUCUGUCUCUCUGUCUUUUAAUCAAACACUUUGUCUAUGCAUGAAUGUCUUUCUUUUGGUCUUUUCUUCAUGUGAUAUUCUGUAUGUCUUACUAUUUCUCUCUGUGUUGCCAUCUGCACUUUACACAGUCAUCAUCAUUCUCAUUAUUAUCAGUAAUUACCCACAACAUAAUCAUUAUUGAUAUUCUAUCUUAUUGAAACUUAUUUGAUUUGACCUGCAGAUGAAAAUUAAGCAAAGAAAUUAUCCUCACAGGUUGACUGCAGAUAGGAACCCUGAGUAACCAUUUAAACCUUGAGUGACUAGCAUCUAAUUUCUCCUUACAGUCAUAUACUGAAUCAUUCAUUAAGAUCAUGAGAAUAAAGAAAACUAACACCAACCUAUGAAGCUCUGAUUGUCAAACGAAUUCUCCUUGCCAGUACCAAAGGAAAUGUAUAGAGAAGAGUAUGGAGAAUAUGGAUACUGAUGUUAGGAUGUAAAAGGGUAAAAAAUAAUUAAGACUUUGACAGGAUAGGAACCCAGGCCUCCCAGAUAUUAGACAGGUACCACUACCAACUGAGUUAUGAGGCCACAUGUUUGGAGCAUGGCAAAUCUUAGAGAGGGUUCAACUUUUCUGCAGAGGAAUCUGAUCAAAAUUUUGGUUAACCCUUAAACUCCCGGAAAUGAUAAACAUGUAAUUUUUUUCCCAUAAUAUCCGCACAUUACCCUGCAAACAGGUAAUGAGAAUACUCAAACUUAUCGGGUGGAUGUUGUUAUCAUGAUCUAUUGUUAAAUUCUCCUUGUAAAUUAACAGGGAAAUGUGUAGUUCUUAGCAGGGAGAAUUAACAAUCAGGUCUAAGAAGGUCUUUCUAUUGAUGCAUGUUACAAUUUGUUUCCUGUCAGGUUAUUUUUCCGUCCUGAUCAGUCUGGAAUGAGUAAAGUUGAAGCUGCAGUGAAUACAUUGAGGUAAGUAAGCAAAAACGUAAUUAAUUGUUAUGGUGGACAUUGCUUUUGCUUUUCUGUGUGCUCUGCAAAUGUUGUUUACCACAUGAUUGGGGUUUUUUUUACAGAGACAUCAAUCCUGAUGUGGAAUUUGAAGCAUACAACUACAACAUUACAUUACUGGAAAAUUUUAAGCAUUUCCUUUGUAGAAUAAGGUAAGGGAAGUACUGAAUACUUCAGACAAUAUUAUGUGCUGUUUUACUCUUUCACUCUUAAGAUCUCAUUUAAUUUAAUUCUCCUAACCAUCUGCUAUACAACUCUUUUGAUUUUCUUUGUCCUACGCUUGUGACGAGACAAAAAAAACAUCUCUCUCUAUUUCUUUACCGCUUACCAUCUCUGACUUAUUUCUAUCUACAAACACUAUGCUAUCAACAUUGCUGAUCCCAGCAGUAUGCAGGACAUGUGUCAUAUGAAUUUUGUAAUAGACCUUGCUCACCAUGGAGUCUGUGUGGCUCAGAGGUAGAACGUAGAAUCCAAAGUUCUGAGGUUCAAUUCUUCAUGGGAACUCAGAAUUUUUUCUCUGUCCCACACUUGUGACAAGACAAAAAAAAAAUCUUUCUUUAACUCUUUUGAUGUUAGUUUGGAGAAUUUGGUAGUGGAUCAACUGAUAACCCUCAAAUUGAAAUUUGCUUCUAUUCUCCUCACUUGUCUUCUUGAAACUGAACUGAUAAUGUAAGGAGAAAUUCUGUCUUGGUUGAUAAGGAGAGUCAAAGGGUUAAUGAAAUGGAAUAAUUAUAUUGCCCAUAUGAUUACAAUCCAAAUGUACUGUGAGUAGCUAUUUUAUUUGAUUCACCUUAUAGCUCCCAAAAUCUGAUCAUCAAUUCUCUCCUCUAGCCGCUACAUGUUUCAUUGUAAAUAAGUGACAAGAAUUUAGUGUUAGAUCAAGAUAACAACUUCUAACUGAUAAGUCCAAGUAUUCUCAUUGCCAGUUUGCUGGAUAAUGAAGGGAUUUUAUAGGGAGAAGUUACAUGUGAAUCAUUUCUGGGAGUUCAAGAGGUUAGGUCCCCUUGGGCGCUUGUUAGUUAAGGUUUUGUACCUUUGAGGGUGGGCCCUCAUUUGAGGCUGGGAGCUAAUUAAAAUUUUCACCAUUUUCUGAAAGUACAGUAGUAAGUUUACUUUGCAACAAAGCACUAAGUUAUAGAUUUGAUAGAUUUAUUAAGCAAACAAAUGUACAUAGCAGUUAAUAAACUGAAUUGGGUAAUAUUUACAAUAAAUGUUACAAAAAAGUGAACAGUAUACAUGAUCCUUAAAGACUAUAAGACACUAUAAGAAAAAGUGAAGAUGCAUCAUUAGAAUAAAUCAGCUCUUUCUGCAAAGGAUUGAUUUACUGCGUCAUUUAGCUAAUUGGUUUACUUAUCCUCUUUUAGUCAUGGUGGAAAAGAUGGCCAGGCUGUAAAUCUUGUGCUAAGUUGUGUGGAUAAUUUUGAAGCUAGGAUGGCAAUAAAUACAGUAAGAUUCAUGUUAUUUGUACCAGUUGCAUUUAAAAUCCUCUGCAGCUCAACCAGGGAACUAAGGCAAUGCCUGCAACUAUGGGAGUUUGAGGGUCAAUUCCAUCUGUUUCCAGAGAUAUGUCUACUAGUGGUUUUCCAGAGAAAAGCAAUUUUUCAAAAGGAGUUGUGGUAGCCACACUACAUGUCUUAAACUACGAAAUCAACAAUAGUUUGUUUGGUCUUGGAGACCUAUAAUAUGAAAAAGACAAGUGAAACAGAUCUAUCAGUUAGGGCCCAGUUGUUCAAAGGUUGGUGAACACUAUCUAAAGGAUAAAUUGGUAUCCAGUGGAUAAGGAAUACUGUUCCAUCCACUGGAUAGUGAUUUAUCCAAUACAUAGUGUUAUCUGACCUUUGAACAACAAGGGGCCAGGAGAUGUUGGGUAUACCCAAAGGGCUCUAAGAGUAUUCCUAUCGAAAGUGUGUCCAAGUCAAUAGUGUUCUUUAGUAGUUAUUUUAUUUAUUUGGCUUAAUUUCCAAACACAUAAUAUUUUUCUUUUUUUCAGGCAUGUAAUGAAUUAAAACAACCUUGGAUAGAAUCUGGUGUCAGUGAAAACGCUGUGUCUGGUCACAUUCAGUUCAUUGCUCCUGGAAAAACAGCUUGUUUUGCAGUUAGUCUAAUUACAUUAUAUACAAGAAUGUAUAAUCAACACAGUUAUAAUUGUGUUUUAAUUACUGGAUAUCUCAUUUACUAAGCUGUGAUUGGUUUUCUACCCUGCCAUACUCUCCUUUAUGGUUCAUAAUAAAAACUGAUUAAAGAUUUUUUGCAAAAAUUUCUGUUUAUCUCUCACCAAAUGUUCUCAACUAAAGAACUGAAGGCAAAGGAAAGUUUAAUUCUUGAUUUUGUCAAAACUCGCUAAGGACUUAAUGACAUUUGGAAAUUGACUGAUCUUUCCCUCAAUUUGGGUCACUCAUGUUCCACAUGGCUACAGAUCAUUUUAGAACCUGUCAGACAUGCAGAAAAGAAAUGUAAGGGACUGGUCAUUUAAUGGGGGGGGGGGCUACAUUUUCUUCUAUAUAAUUUCCAAUGUUCUUGCCACUGAAUUACUGGUAAGUAAUGUGGCAGGCGCACCAGAAAGGUACCUGCCCUACUCUUCCUCACACUAAAUGAUGCAUCUCUAAGUUAAAUAUCCAGUUACCCUUGUUUUCAUGGUUUUUACUGUAAUUUAUAGAUCCUGACCCUUUUCCCCUCCAAUUCAUAGCCUGCAUUCUUUGUGCAUGGGUGGUAAGUCACCUGAGGGAAAGCUUGGUGUAGAAGGGUUUUACUAAAGCAAUCACUUUAUCAGUCUCAAAGUAUAAAUGCGAAGGGCAAAUUGUUGAGAAGUGUGACAAAAUUCUGGGGGUGACCUGAUAUGAACUAGCUGGCCAUCAGAGGGGAGUUGAAAUACUCCUGGUAAUUAGCUUUAGGGACAAGGCUCUCAGCUUGUUUUUUUUUUUUCCUAUAGUGUGCCCCUCCUUUGGUUGUUGCCUCUAAUAUUGACGAGAGAACACUCAAAAGAGAGGGUGUCUGUGCUGCAUCUCUUCCAACAACUAUGGGAAUUGUAGCUGGUUUUCUGGUUCAAAAUACACUCAAGUAAGUGUUUCCUACUCAAAAGGGGGUAAGUUUCUAAAGAUAGUGUGGUGCUGCAUCGGUGGGAGAGUAUAACAGGGUAAUUUAGUGUUAAAAAAUGAGUUGAAAACGUAAAUUUGCUAUCAUAAAGAGUUUAAAGGCUGACGUUUGGAGCGUUAACCCUUCGUCAGAGCGAUUGGAGGAACCAACCCUAAGCAAUUCCUUCAAUCGCUCUGACGAUGGGCUAACGCUCAAAACGUCAGCCUUUAAACUCUCUACUGUGGCCAAUUUACGUUCUCAACUCAGUUGACAAUACUAAAUUACCCUGUUUCCUACUCCAGUUAACAAUUAGAUUGUGAGCUAGAAGUUUAUAUAGCGUGUUUGUCGAAGAGAGUGAAGCUUGAAUCAAAUAUCAGUCCUACAAAAUCAAAAGUGAGUAUUGUAUUUUUUGUAGUAUAGAUCUACUAGAUUUACUAUAGAUUUAGUCAUUCAAAACUUUAUUAAACAACAACAAGAAAGACUGAAAUAUUUAUUUGAUUUGGUUUUUAACCACACGGUGGUAGGCCACUUACUUUCCUCAUUACACGUAAUUAUCACACUAAAAACAGUGAGUAAGGUAACCAAUCAGAUCGCAACCUCUUUGAUAGAACGCUAUAUUUAGAUUUAUACCAAUAAGUCUUGUUGUGGUAUAUGUGCAUUUUCAAAAUUGAUAUUCCUCUCUUUUUCUUUCUUGUAAAGACACCUGCUUGAAUUUGGUUCUGUCUCGUAUUACCUUGGCUAUAACGCCAUGCAAGACUUCUUUCCUAGCAUGGCGCUAAAACCAAAUCCCGCUUGUGAGGAAGUCGUUUGUCAGCAAAGACAAAGAGAAUACCAGGUAUUGAUUUUUUUCUGUAUGAAAAAUCUUACCCCCAGACAUUUGAACUUCUGAAGGUUGGUUCGUUCAAAUUCCUGCCUCUUGGGUCCAAAUUGUGUUGAAAUGCUCCACCCAAGUGUCAGAUGUAAUUAAGUGCCCGUGGGUUGCCGAGGAAAGGAAUUGUUGAAGCUUCGAAGUGAUGGCUGCUUUUUGAAUCAUUUUGUACUGUUAGAGUUAUUGUUAUUGCAUCGUCGGGUUUGUCGGUAUGGACUGUUACAGUACCUCUGCUAUUCCUGUUGGGUGCGGGGAGGGGUUGAUAAUUGAAGCUGCUGUAAUAAGCUUACCUUCCAACAGAAAAACACAAAACUGAUGCGUACCUAUUACUGCGCAUGCGUAACUACACGCACUAGAAGCGAGUGUAAUAUUCCCAUAAAUUGCAGGUGCUUGAUGUGUGUGAGCGUGCUGCAAUACACGCGAGCACUGUAACAUAUGAAAUAUGAUCCGGUGUCUUGAAUUUUGCAGGAAUCAGACGCAGCUAAAAAAGAAAAAGAAGAAAAAGAAAAAGCAAUUGAAGAAGAAAAAGAAGAAGUGAAACACGAGGAUAACGAGUGGGGUAGGUGUUUGAAUCGCGCAUUUUGUUUUUCAAUGAAGGUCAAUGCAUGAGCUUUUGACCUUCUCCCAUAAAAGAAGAUGUGGAUUUCGUCAUCCAGGAUGGAAAUGACUGUAUCGGUGGGCUACUUAACUCGUUAUUUAACUCGUUAUUGAACUCGCCUACAUAUACAAUAAACUCUCUUCCUCACUUGUCGCCAAACCUUUCUUAGCUGUCGCCAAACCUCUCUUAGCUGUCGCCAAACCUUUCUUCGCUGUCGCCAAACCUUUCUUAGCUGUCGCCAAACCUUUCUUAGUUGUCGCCAAACUCUCCUCACUUGUCGCCAAACCUUUCUUAACUGUCGCCAAACCUUUCUUAACUGUCGCCAAACCUUUCUUAACUGUCGCCAAACCUUUCUUAACUGUCGCCAAACUCUUCUUAGUUGUCGUAAAACUCUUUUUAAUUGUCUCCAAACCCUUCUUAGUUCUGAGGAUGUCAUUUCAUAUCAUUUCGGUUACUGUUUCCAUAUCACUUUCAUUAUCAUCGUCGUUCAGUUAUUGGUAUUCUCCGGGGCAUUAUAACUAUUAAUUCGUUUAUUUUGUUUUGGAUGUUUUCUUAUCACUGCUGCACCUGCCUUUUGUCUCAGGUAUUACUUUAGUUGAUGAAGCCAAAGAUGAUAUCGAAGAGGACGAAGCAUCCCAAAAGCUUGUAGCAGGAAUACAGUAUGCGUACUCUAAACCAAAAGUACAAAGAAAGGUACAUGUGGGUUUGAAUUGCUAUAUUUUUUAUCACUUAAUGCAGGUGGGGGGUCAUUCUUUCCGGAGUUGAUUUAUUUAUAAAAAGUUUCUUGGGGUUACCGAAUAGAAUUUUUAAGGGUUACUUGGUGGUAAUGUAAAGUCAAAUUUCUUCACAACCCUUUUUGGCUCACACCUCGGAUUAUUUGGUGCAACAUUAACUCGUGUUCUAUCAAGGGGAAAAGCGUAGAAUUUUUUGAGGGGUACUCAGUAUUUUUAAGUGGUAAUUGGUGUGUAAGAGAUUUAAUGGCCUGAUCUUAAUCACUCUGGAAUUAGGACUUAGAAUAACGAGGUCUGGGUUCGACCCCUGACUGGCCUCAAUGUGCCGUGUUUCUUGUCAAGACUGUUGUCUAACAGUGUCCCUCUCCUCCCAGGAGUAUAAAUGGGUUAUGGAAAGAAAAAUUACAGGGUCAGACGUAGUAUAUUAGCGACAGGAGGGAGGGUAGGGUGGGAGGUAAUCUUGAUCAUUGACUUCAGAUGUUCAGGAGUGAUUUGAAUAUUGGUUCCAAAUUGUUAGCAGAUAUCACAGGAGAUCAGCAGUGAAGGUCAAAUAUCAGCUGACGAUGAAUUAAGUGUGGAAGACCUGAUGAAGAAACUCAAGAGUAUAUAGGGCCAGAAUCAAACUAAAGCUUUCUAAAAAUUAACUUACACUAUGUUCACAUAAAUAUAUUAUUUAACAAGUUUGAGCGUGAUCCUUGCGGCAGUGGCAAUAGCAAAAGUCACAUAACUUUGAGUUUAUACACUUCUUCUUCAGAUGCCUUCGUCAGUUCAGUAGAAAAAUGUAGGAAAAAUUUUUUAAAAUUUAAAUUUUUGAACUUUCACCUACCAUCCGUUUUCAAUGUUGUGCUUAACUCCCUAUCGAGUAAUAUGCAUUACAGCAAUAUUCAAGUAUGUCCUCCGUUAGUGUGACAUACUUUUUGACAUGUAUUGUGUGACACCUUUUGUGAAAUGUAAUGCAACAUGCAUUGUGUGACUUGAAGCUUUUUCUGCUGUCCAGGUUUACUAAGAUUACUAAAACGAAUGUUACAUCUCAUUCUUAAGACAAGUCGCUUCCUUGUUUGCCAUUAAUAUUUUUAACUUAAAUUUAGUUUGUAUGGCAUGCCUUGCGUUAUCGGAACCAGUUGGAAAAUGUUGUGUCCUCCUAUCUAAGAAGUUGUCCAUUGUCAAAUACCUCGAUACUUAAGCAAGACUGAAUUCUGGAACAUGUUAAAUUAAAGGAUAGAUCAAUAGAGACGAGAGUAGCAAGGAAGGUUUUAAAAGCCUUUUUUUAAUAUUCGACGCUAUUAUUUAUAACAAAUUAAACUAUUUUAUGUUCUUGAUGAUCAGUUUACUUAUGUGUCUAAUACCCCAUUCACACCAAAGCUUAAGAAUGUUUUAGAGUUGUUUUGUUAAACACAAUUUACUUUUUUUCUUCGUACAAACUACUUAACCUAAAUUUUUUACUUAAAUUUAGUACAGUGGAAAUGAAAGUUAGCAAGUACUUGAAUCCUAUGGAAAAUUAAGUUUUUCAGUUCUCUGUUUAUGAUUUUCAUCCAGUAAAAACCAGUUUAACAGAAUAUGUUUUGCUGGUGUGAAUAGGGUAUAAGAUGUAAAGGUAGUUCAAUGCAAUAAAAACGGAAGUUUU